AUGAAAGAAACUGGAGUUAGCAGGCAACCGUGGUGGAGGCUGAGCCUAAUCAUAGGCCUGUCGGAGCGGCGAACGCGGUCCGGAAGGGCCGCCCAGUGGUCUGGCCCCAGAAUUCCGUUUACUAAGUCUUCAAAGAGGUCCCAGCGGAAAUCUGGCUCAGAUCUUCCAAACAUCUUUCCUGAAAUUUGGCCGAAGACACCUCAUGAGGCUCCAGUCAGAAAAGCCAUCGUCUGGAAGAUCGUAGCUCAUGCAGUAGAGGUCCCAGCUGUCCACACACCUCGAAGGAGUCCGAGGAUCUCUUUUAUCUUGGGAAAAGAAAACAGCCCUCCUCAGCCCUCCUCUCAAGGUCUCUCUAAGAAUCCCUUCAAAACUUGUAGAGUCCCUGGUACCCCCACCAGCACUCCAGGGCUGUACACUCAGAAUGCUGAGUCUAACUCCGGGGAGGGAGAGUUGGACACCGGAGACUUGGAAAUGUCCCAGAACGUCAUUCGGCUGGAGAGCCUCAGUUCUGCCUCAACCUCCACUCCUAGCCACCCAUCCUUCUUUGGCUUUGAGGGACGAGAAGACUUUCCUGGAGUCUCGCCUAUUGUGUGUUCAAAGUUAACUGUAGUCCCAAAAGUACCUGUGAAGCCCUGGCUUCCAGAUACACUCCCUGAUAUCUCUCCAAGUGUGAAAGAGAAACCGAAGAAGGUGCCAGAGAUCCUGCAGUUGGAGCUGGAUGAGUGGGCUGGGGCCGUGAAUGCUGAGUUCGAAGCUGCUGGACAGUUUGAUCUUCUGAUUGAAUGA